GACGGAUGUCAAGAUGGGUUUUAAAGACAAAGUAGUAAUUGUAACGGGCGCCAGUUCAGGUAUUGGUGCAGCAGUGGCGGUAGGGUUCAGCUCUGAGGGUGCCCGUGUGGUGAUGGUUGGUCGCAAUGAGAGCAAACUAGCCUCAGUAGCAGCUCGCUGCAACCAACCACUCGUGGUGAAAGCUGAUGUUGGAAACGAUGAAGAUGCACGGCGUAUUAUCGAUCAGACGAUUGAGCAUUUAGGACAAAUUGAUAUUUUAGUUAACAAUGCUGGCGUGUUAGCUUAUGGAAAUCUUUUAUCCGGAAACCUUAUCGAAAGUUAUGAUAAAGUCAUGCGAGUUAACUUACGUGCGGUCGUGAUGUUAACCGCACUGGCAUCAUCUUAUUUAAUUAAUACAAAAGGUAAUAUAAUAAAUAUAUCAAGCGUCUCCACAUUUUGUCCACAGAGUGGUAAUGCAAACAUGUCGAUGUACGCCGCAUCAAAAGCGGCUCUCAAUCACUUUGGUAUGAGUGCUGCAGCAGAAUUAGCACCUUAUGGAGUUCGAGUUAACACAAUAUGCCCUGGGCCGGUGGUUACAAAUAUAUUACAUAAUUCACCUGGUUUUGUGAAUUGGAAUGAUUUUAAGGAAAAAACUGCCUUGAAAAGAUUGUCUCAACCAGAAGAAAUAGCGGAAUUGGUGAUGUUUCUUGCAAGUGAUAAAGCGAAAGCUAUUACUGGUACAAAUCAUGUAACCGACAAUGGUUAUCUCUUGAGGAGUCAUUUAUAAUGAAAUAUAAACCAAUUUUGACAUAAUGAAUUGUAUGAGUAAAAAAAGAGUAUGUUUUAUUAUAAAACUGAGUAUCCUUAUUAUUUAAAAUAUUUCGAUGAUUGUUAAUCGAAUCGGAUAACUAUCCUAACAUCGUGGCAACCAUGUAGUCUUAGGUAUAGGAUAUAAGUUUUAAUA